AUGAUUGAAGAGGAUGGUGUUGAAGGUGUAGGAGGUUUCUCGCUCUGCUAUGGAUUCAUCCAGGAUGUCGUCAAAGAAGAAGGAAGAGGCCUAGCAAUCGUGAGCAACCGCACUCCAGAUGUUCAUGGUGUGGUUCAUCUCCUGCAAGCGCCAAACGAAACCCGAGCUCUCAGCAACGCCGCCUACAGUGACCGCAGCUGGCCCAAGGUAACAAACGGAGAAGCCUGGACGCGCACCGCUAUCGCUGAAUCCGUCGCCGCGAAUGAAUCUCGCGACCAGCUUAUCAAUCGCCUUCUUGACAUCCUGACCACGGACACCAUGCCCCGACAGAAAGAGAAUGAAGAAUGGGACAUGUAUCUCAACCAGCUCCGUCACAGCAUCUUUAUACCGGCCAUCGGAAGAGACCAUCUGGAAGAGCACAAGAUGCCUGCGCAUGAGAUAGGCGACUUGGUCAAGGCGAAGGCGGUGGAUGCUACGAGUGGGUGUUAUGGUACCCAGAAGAAUAUCGUAGUGCUUUGCGACAAGGAGGGCAAGGUGACGUAUUUCGAGAGGACGCUGUAUGACGGCGACGCAAAACCGAUUGAGAAGGGUAAAGGGGACAGAGUAUUUGACUUCACGAUUGAGGGAUGGUAA